AUGGAAGCGUUCAGCUCAAAGGCUCAUGGGCUUGGCAGUGCUGGGCCCUCCAAGCCUCGUCCAAAGGCUCGCGCCCGCUCCAAGAGCUUAUCGGGAAGCGCGACGGAGAAGCCAUCUCGGAUUGGCUCGCUUCUGCCUUCGGAGCCUCCAAUGGUGCUCAGAAAGAUUCCUCGCCCGCCAAAUGCCUUCAUUCUGUAUCGCUCCAACAAGAUGAAAGAGUUGAAGAGCAAGAAGAACACAUCUUCUCUGUCCGAUGUUGGCCUCGACAAACUUGACCAUCAGCGCCAGCUGAGCAAAGAAAUUGGACAGCUUUGGCGCAACGAGUCUCCGGAGGUCAAGGCUGCCUUCUACGAAAAGGCGCAGCAGGCUGCAUCAGAGCAUCGAGAUAGGUAUCCCGAGUAUCGUUUCAAGCCCUCCGUCAAGAAAGCUUUGUCGCGAGAAUCGGAAGACGCCGUCGCCUUCCACACGCUCGAAAGACGCACGGAUACUGACUUCGCCCCGAGUGACAUCAGGGGGCCUCUGUCAGGCUCAGGAUCCGGCAGUGGCAGGAAGAGAGCUUCGCUUGAUGGCGCGAGAUCCAAAACAUCGCCGUACGCGACGCGUCAUCAUCGUCGUGCAUCGUCAGCGAGCCCAGGCUCUCCAGCCGCGCGCAUUGAUCAGUACUACACACCCGUACUGCUCUACUCGGCAGAUGACCCGGCCUUGUAUGCUCUCAACGACACCCUGAUCACGCGGUCUCACUCGCAAGGAACCACAAGUCGCACACAGGGCUCGGCUUUGAGGCGUGGAUCGGCGAGAAGGUCGCUGGAUGGACAAACCUCUCGCUCCUCAACGGCAAACAGCUGUUUUGACACGCUAGUGCCACAGCAUCUCCGCGACUCCCGUAUCUUCCUUGCUCCGCAUGCGAUACCCCCUCUGCCGAUCGGCCAUGCCAUCACCACUGAUGAUGUCGCAGCCGCAGCAUUGGCUCCUCCGCAGCUUACUGAGCCCGUCAGAACAAACUGUAGUUUGUUCGACGCUGUCAAGAGUGCGCUUCCGCCCGAGCGACGAGCCUUUCUGCAAGCUUCCCUCGUCAUGAAGGGAUAUUCUUUCUCACUUGGAAACGAGAUGUCGGAGUCGACUGACCAAAGCGCUACAGCCACGAGUCAAGUCACACCGAGCCCUGCCAGCGCAGGGCACCCACUGACGCCCCUCACUCACUCUGAAAUUUCGACCUUCAUCACUCCUUACAAUUCGGCGAUCGAGGCGAGUAAUAGUUGGUCGGGCCAACAGAUCCUUGAUCAGAUGGUGGGUCAGCCUGAUUUGAAAGCAGAGCACAACUCGCAGGACAGCGGUCUCUCCCCAAAUUUGGAUCCUAUCAAUCAGGACCCUCUCUCCACACUCGCUCACCCCGUACCGAGUGUGAAUCUCCAUAUGGACUCGUCCAUUGCAUCCAAUAAUGUCGAUCUAGGCGACUGGCUGCUGCCAGAGCCCUGCUACACGUACUUCGAAACGCAAAGCCACGGCACAAAUGGCGCGGUAGCUCCUCCCUCCGCUUCCGACUUAUAUCAGGGACAAGAAGCCGAUGUAGGAUCGUCUCAACAUUCCGAUUUCGCGCAUUCCGAUCUCCUAUCAGCACCAACGCAGAGGUCAUUUGCAUCGAUCGACGUUCCGCUAAACCUGCCGAUCGACUACAGCAUGAACUCAUCCAACUCUGCUUUCGUCGCUCUGUCCGAGCCGAACGAUGCUGGUCAAAUCCAAGGUAUCUUUUAUGACUUCGACGGUCAGUUGAUGAGCCAGGAGAUGGCGGAGAGCAGCGAUGCACAACUGCCAGGGAAUACCCGCGAUUAUCUUGAUGAGGACUUGCGUCAGAGGCAGGCGGUGGAUCAGCUCUUGAUGCAAAUGAUGACGUCGAACAAUCCUUCCGACUCGGCCUUCACGGAGGGGCUGCAUUUUGAGCUUGUCAGCCCAAAAGCAACACAACCCUUCGAUGACCCGCAUUCGCAAACCAAUGUCGUACCAUCCCAAACAGAAUGGCAAAGCUGGUCGCAGGAGCCAACUUCCAAGGUCAAAGACAGCACUUCUCUAGAAGACAAGCGGCUUUCUCCUCAAAAUGCUAAUCCGCAACUGGACUUGAGCGCAUGUGCUCAAGAAGUAGCCAAUGUCCGAACCGAGUCUAGCGAGGACGAAGGACACAUGUUGUCGAAGGAGCGUGUUCAUACGAACCGAGACUGGGCUGAUGCUUUGAACCAAGAUAGAACCCAGGACGUUGGCACAUCCGCUUCCUUGAACACGAACUUCAGUGGUCCGAUGGGUUAUGGCAUGGAGUCGAUGGACGAAGCUCAGCCUCACACGGAACCUCAGCCUCGCAAAAUCCUGCAUCAUGAAGGAAAAACACAGGCGACCGAUACUGAUCAGACUGAAGGUCACAUUGUUUCUUCAGCAUCGAGGGCUCCGACACCAGAUCCGUCCAUCGACCAAGUUCGAGUACCGCCUGAAGCAGUCGUCACGCAUCCUCCGAUGCGCGGUCCUGCAGAUACGAGUCAAAGUCAAGUCCAGCCCGAAAAACGGUCACGUACAUUGAUGCAGACUCACGAAACCCACCAGCAACGCAUCCAACAGUCGCUACGAAACUGGAAGGCCCACCACCUCAACACUCUAAAAGACAAGCUCGCUCGUGCCAAGCAGAAAUCGGCGAAUUCCAGCUCACCCUCGUCAGUCGAACAGGCAAGCGAUGGUCAAGCGAAGCGUUCUUAA